ACAAUUACACAAGCCACUACUAUAUGUAAUAAAUUAAAGCCUACCCUUCAUUCACUCAUUCAUUCAUUCAUUUACUUUCAUUAUCAAUUCAUAAUAAUAUGAUUUCUAUCUAACUUUACAUUACAAAUAGUUUUGUUCAUUCACUUAAAUUAUGGCUGCUAGUGCUACCAAUGAUCAUAAUCAAUGGAAGCAAUUCAAUAAUCAGCACCAAACUCAUCAGAUGACGGCGGCGGCGGCGGCGGCAACAACCACCAUGGUGGCAGCAUCAUCAUCAUCAGAGAGUAUUUUGAGUCCAAAAGGAAGUGGUGUUACAAAACCAAUUAGAAGAAGAUCAAGAGCAUCAAAGAAAACACCAACAACACUUCUCAAUGCAAACACCACCAAUUUUAGGGCAUUGGUGCAACAAUUCACAGGGUGUCCUAAUAGCAACAACAGCAUUAUGUCAUGUUCAUCACUAAUUGGGGUCCAUAAUAAAGGUCCUAUUACCUUAAAUUUCCAACAAGGUUCAUCAUCAUCAUCAGCAAGAAGAACAAUAAUUCCAUCAUCAUUUGUUGUUGGUGGGGGAAGUGGAAGAGGUUAUUGUUAUGAUGAUCAUAAUCAGGGUCAACAACAAUUAGCUGCUACUACUAAUAAUAAUAAUAAUAAUUCUCUUUUUCCAUGGCAGAAGCAACAGGAUCAUCAAUUGCAAGAGCAAGAGAGUGGUUACUCUUUUGAUGAGUAUGUUAUGAAGAACAGUUAUAAUAGUGAUGAUCAUGGCAUGAUGAUGAUCAUGGAUAAUGAUUUUAGUUGGCAUGAUCUUGCUGUCAAUAAUAAUGCCUUCCCUGAUCAUGAUACUUACUAAUAAGAAUUAGUGAGUGGUAUCAGUAAUUAAUUAUUAGUUAUAUAUAUUGUGUAAUGAAACUAUGAAAGCGUUUGAUAUAUUAAUCUAUCUCUUGAUUAAAUUGCUGUUCUU